AUUAUUAUUAUUAUUCCCUCUGUUUGUGGAGAGGGGUAGGUUGGGGGAGUGGGAAGUUAACAGACUUGACUUUCCACUCUUAUCAUUUGGUCAAAUGGGAUGCUCCCAUCCACUUUGGACACUAUAGUGAACUGUUUACGUUCAGGGCAUGUGUGAGACAGUUUCUUAGAAGGGAAAGCACUGCAUUCCAUACGUACCCCUAUCUGUCCCCAGAAAAGCCCAGUAACAUAGUCACUGAACCACAGUAUUUCAGAGACGGCACCUCAAUGGGCAAUUUUCCAGACUCUAUACUACACUACAUCUAAAGCUGGUCCUCCUGCUCUGCUGGAAAGGCUCCAGAGUGAAGUCCACUUCCAUCUAGAGCAGGAUUUCCCUUUGAUUUGCCUUUAAAAAUUAGGAAUCUUGCAUAGAAACCUGCCUCUCUAAAACAUCCACCCAUUUUUCCUGGUUCUUGCCUCUAUGGCCAAAAUGGAACAAGUUCAAUUCUUUUUCCAGGUGCUAGGUGGCACUGGGCUUGGAGUCAGGAAGACCUGAAUUCAAAUCUGUCAUCAGACACAUCCUAGCUGUGUGACCCUGGGCAAGUCACUUCACUCUGUUUGCCUUAGUUUCCUCUUCUGUGAAAUGAGCUAGAGAAGGAAAGGACAAACCACUAGGAUCUUUGCCAAGAAAACUCCAAAAGGGGUCAUGAAGAGUUAGACACUGCUGAAAAUGACUGCAUAACAAUCUCUUUUCCAUCAACAUAUUUUUUCAGUGCCUAGCACUGUGCCACAUGCCAGGGGUAUGAAAGUAAGCCAAGCCUUUACUUACUGGAGAGGGAGGUGCAAGUACACAGCUCAAUGAUGAUGGGCCUAUACAAGAUAUUUAUAAACAGAUACUUGAAGAUAGCUCCCUUGCCCCCUCUGAGGCUUCUAUUCACUAGACUAAACAUUCCCAGUUCCUUCUGCAAGUCUUUCCCUGAUGUGAAUUCUUUAAGAUCCACCUUAUCCGCACCUUCUACCCCCACCAACAUCAUAAAAGGGCAGCUUCUGAAAAGCGAGAUGAAUCAGGGACAUCGGCUAGGCUUCAGUUUCCCAGUCCAUAAAGGGUGGGGUUGGACUAGACUACUAGCUAGGGGGUUUUCCCUUGAAGGAGCACAAGUGGUACAAUGAAGCAGCAAUCCCCCACCUUCACCCCUACCCCCACCCCCUAGUGGAUAGAAGUCACGUGAGUCAGGACCGGAAGGGGAGGGGUCUCAAAUGCUCUGAGCAUGUGCAAAGUGCUCCCCCCCACUGUGGGGGUGAGGCAAUACCCAACCCUUUAAAAACCUCCUUCUCACUUCCGCUCUUCAUUCGCCAUUGUGACUCGCUGGAGUUGCAGAUCCGUUGCAGUUAACUCGUGAGGUGUGGUGCCGGAGGGGCACAGUGCCUCACGAGAGGGUAGCAGUUAGCAGUUAGCACAAGCCUCCAGGAGGAGGUGGGGACCUGGAGCCCACGAAGUUGACCAGCUGACUGGUGAGAAGCCGACCACCUGACUGCUGGUGGCAGUUCCCUUCAGAAGGAGCAUCAGCAGCCGCCGCCACCUCAACCACCACAACCCCCAGCGUCUCACCGGCACUCAGAACCCCGUGCUAGCAGCGCCGCGCCGAGCUCAGCCAAGUAAUCUUGCCUUUGGAGACCCGCGAGGAGCAGACAGCGAACACUGAGCCUUGCGGGGUGCUGCCCACCUGUGUGCUGCAGCGAUGGCUUUCCAAGUGCCCGACGGCUCUCUCCCUCCCCCUUAUAUCCCUGUGGUGCAGGUCCCCGUGGCUGCCGCACCUCCUGUGCUGCCUGUCUUGGCACCUCCCCCUGUAUGCUGUGUGACCCCCAUUCACCCUCCCCGUUGGCUUCUGACUGAGCGCUUCCAAAUGCGCGCUCUGCGGCCUAGAAGCUUUUCCUGUAUGUGCCACAAUCCUCGUGUUGCUGGGCAAGGUGCACCUCGUGCCACUGCCCUUUCCACCCUGGAGAUCCUGAGCCAAGGGGCCGCUCCUCUGCGGCGCAGGGGCCCUGCUCCUGCUGCUGCCCGCCCCCGGGGGCUUCCCUCCGUGAUUGCUGCGGCACAGGAGCCCCUUCCUAUAGGCAACGUGGCUACCUAUGUGCCCUUGUAUGAUUACUUCUAUGUGGGAGCCCAGUCAUAUGUUCUACCUGCCCAGGUGGGUGUCAUCCCACAGGUUAUUUCGGCUCCCAUUGCAGUACCUUAUGUGCUGCCUGCUCAGGCAGUUGCACCUCCAUUAGUGCUGCCUGUGCCCCCAGAAGCUGCUCCACAAGCACUUCUAGGAGAGAGGCCCUCCACAGCUAUUGCUACCCAGGAGCCCUCACAGGAUGCUUUGGGUAUUUGUGUUCCACUCCAUGUGGUGCCUGGCCCUAGUGUUACUCCACAAGGGCUUGUCUCUCGGAACCCAGUUUCAUAUGUUGCCUCCCGCAAGUAAGACCUAUAAGUAAGAAAGAGUACCUGCAAGCAUAUUGCCUUAACACGAUUACAGGUUCCCCUUUGUGUAUAUGAUUUAUUCUUAUUUUUUUCUUUUUUGAGAGUUUCUUCACAUGUGUAUUCUAGCGAUGUAGGUUCCAUUUUUGGAUGACCCCUGUUUUUUAGGUACACUCACUUCACAUUGAGUAUAUAUGUCUUUCCAAGAGAGCGUACCUCAGGUUUAUGGGGGCAAAUGUUCUGAUGUUACUACAUUUAAUAAAUUUUAUUCCAUUAAAUGCCUUUUCUUCACA